AACCUUCGACCCUCGGCGGAGGCAUGGUUUGACCGGGCUGAGCAGCGCGAAAAGCCGUUCGAAGGAACUAUGAUGGAGGUUGGGGAGGAUGGAACUUUAGUUCCUCAUUGAGGCUGGUCGCAAUCGAGCUUGGAGGAUAAAAGCUCUACUGCACGUUGUGUGUUGAAGGCAAUUCUUGCAAUACUCAGUCAUUGUUAAGUGAGGUUCAAGACUUUCCUGUAAUGUUGAAAUGUGAGAAUGUACCUGCUAGUGGACCUUGAGUCUUACCUAUUUGUGAAAGUGUCCAUCUCAUGUUCAUUUUCUUAAUUGAGACUAUGAUGAGGUAGCAAGUGAACGAAUCCUCCCUUGGCUAUAUUCAAGAUCCAUUGGUCUGGACAUUCGAACAUGACCUAUCCCCUCAAGGUCUCCUCAUGCAUGUGGCAAUAAUGCUCGUUCUGCGCCAAAAGUAAGACGAAUUCGCUUCAAGAUGCAAGCCAGGAACACGUCGGAGCAGAUCAAGAAUGUGAGGCAGUGCUUCUUUGACUUUUGCAAACAGACCAUUCUGCACGGUUGGCACUACUUGGCCGAGGGGGAAAAGACGUCCCCUCUACCCGGAAGUGCGCCCACCCCUCAGCCGCCCAAAUGCAUGCUCAAAUGUCACCGCAAGAACCGCAAUGGCAACUGUUGUUGUUGCUGCAGCAACAGUCAGCGAGGUCCUGGACCCAACCCUCAUACCGACACCCGGGGCACUAGUAUGGCCUCGGUGGCCUCGGCGGCUUCGGCGGCCUCGGAGACCAACGGGACAAAUAAUCGAGGACCUCACCGAUGCAUCCACAACCGGUUGAAGCACGCCCAUAUGUCCUUGAAGAAGCGUCGGACUUACUUCCAGAACUUCCGCUCGGCCUUCUGGUCUUUGAUAGUGCUCGGUUCGGUGAUGAGUGGGGCGUUCUUCCUUCACAAUAACACUCGCGAGUUCCUGAACUCGACCGUCCAGACAACUCUCGAUGGAAGUGUCCCUUUGUCAGAUGUGUUCUUCCCGUCGGUGGUUGUGUGUAACAUCAAUCAGAUCAGAAAGUCAUUCUUCGCUGAGUUAGGCUUCUACGAGAAUGAUACACUUGUGAGAAUUAUGUAUGAGGAUUUCAUCAAAGGGAUCCAAGACCACGUGGAUCCGGAGGACAGAUUUUCCUAUGAUCCAAAGAGAGCGGCGUUUUACGAGGUUUCACAAUGAAGGUGGAGCAGCCGCUUACGAGCGAUAUCCAGUUUGCCAGGGAAAGCAAAUCACGUGCUCCAACAACAUCUUGAAUCGUAUGGGAGAAUUCAGUGAGGUUCAAGACAUUAUCGAGAACAAGACGAAGAUCUGCCUAAACAAUUGCGAAGAUCAGAUCAAUGACCUAUUCGUGACGACAUCCAAUUAUCCCAAUAAGAAGACCUUCAAGGAACGCGAAGAGUUUGCCUUCUAGUCCGAAAACUCCUGGUGACCUGUCGUGGACACAAGCGACUGCCCCUCAGCUCCGAGUAUCCUGAUUUGUGUCCAACCUUGGAGUCGGUGCCCAACAUUACCAUAUAUUGUGGCAGGGUGAAACGUUGGCGAGGCGAGAAGCUCCAGAACAAGAAUCUCU